AGAAAAGUAGUAAAUUGCAAGAACCUGGUGGGUUAAAAUCAGUCCAAGCUUGAAGUUUAGCCACGAAACAACAUGAAGAUCUUCCUCCUCCUCUCUAUAACAAUCCAGGUUGUUCUGUCUGAAGAUGUCUCCAGCACUGGAUCUGAUGUGAGUGCCUCUACCCAUGAUGAAAUGAUGAAAUCUACCCCUGAAAAUAUUGAUUUUACUGGAUUUGGAACCGGUCUAGGAAACGAAUCCAUGCCUCCAACUGACAUGCCUGGUCCUAAGCCAACCAGAAAACCAAUGCCAAAGCCAGAUAUGGGUUGUAUGGGAGGCUUAAAAGACAUGGAUAUGGAAAGUUUCAGGCUUAAAAUGGCAAUGGGAAAGAUGUGUCCUCCUUGCAAGAAUAUCCUCAAGGGACCUAAAGCUGGAUCUUAUAAACUAGAGUCUGCUAUGGAACCGGCUUGUGAUGAUGGAUGCCUCUACAGUAGGAAUGGAGUUUACUACUGUUUCGAACAAAAGGAAUCAUCAGAAGAAAUGGAAGAUGGAUACCCAACUCAGGAGUGUGGAAAACUUAAUGAUAAAAUGAUCAAAAAACUGAUGGAAAAUCUCCAGCACAAGGAAGAUGAAAGUGAAGAGUCAUCCUCCUCCUCAGAGGAAGAUGAAGAAGAGGAAGAAAAAAUUGAGGUGACUUACACCACAGAUGGUACGCGCCCAACCAAGCACCCCAGCCCAAUGAGUACUACUGGAGAUGGAGCUACUGGCACCAUUCAUCACAGCUCAACUGUACCACCUCUACGUUAAUGAUUUUACUUGAAUUAAUUACUAUUUAUUAAUUGAAAAAAUAAAAUUUGGCCAUUUA